CUCACUCAGCCCUGUGAGGCCCCCAGGGUCCCCUCUGAGGUCAAGGUUGCUGUGGUCCCAAGGGGAAGCCACAUGCUUAUCCUGGUCCAGGUCCCGACCUCCCCAGUUCUGAUGGGCCUCCUCUUGUCUUCCAGCCAUGACUGAAGGGCGAGCCAGAGCUUAGCCCCUCCUGUGAUGGACUCGAAGGCCCCCAAGAAGUACUACCAGUAUAAGAGCAGGAACAAAUCCCAGGAGAAAUUUGCCAGGAAGUUCCCAUACAGGUUCUCUUGGUUGACGGAGCGUGACCCAGAGUCCCUGCAGCCCUGGACGGGCAUGAAGACAGACAGCUCACUGCAGAAGCAGCUGCCCCUGCAGAAGAUGUUGGUGCCAACGAGAUCCAUCCCCAUCAGAGGGUUUGGGGCCCCAGACUUUACAUCACUGUUCUGCUUCCACCCACCGCCGCCAUCACCCCCGAAAAGUCUCUGGGAACUCAGGCUCUUGAGACACAGCUUCCCCCGAGCUGGGCGCCAGUGCAGCCCAGCCCUCCAGGGGCCUCCCCUAGCCCCUGUCCGUGCAGCCACCCUCUCGGCCACCCAGACCCUGGGCAGUGGCCGCAGAGGACUCCCUUCUGGGCAGAGGGGGACUUCAGAGGUGGGAACAGCCCUGAAGGGGCUCCCAUCUCCUCAGAGACCACACCGUGCAAAUAAACCUGGCAGGUUCAAAUCCCACCUCUUCCUGGACUGA